CGGUGUGUUCCCCCCCACACGCCCCGCUGUUGUUAGCAAAACCUUGGACUUUUGUCUCAGACAGAGACUUAUCUCGUCGUCAGGACGUCUUAUCAGCAGUUUCAUCAAAACUGCUGUGGACCUUGAGCGGGGGCAAGUCGGGUUCACUGUGUGUGUGUGUUUAUUCUAACAGGAGAAGAAGAUGACGUUAAAAUCCAAUAAAAACGAAACAGCCGUCCUAUUAGAGCCGCUGAACAGCGUCCGGACAGCCCUUUCUGACCUGUACCUGGAGCAUCUCCUUCAAAACAAACCAAAGCCUGACAAGGCGGCUAUGCAAACCAGUGAGAAUAAAGGAGCUGAGCUUUACACCAAUGGCUGUGCUGGACACAUGAACGGCACUGAGCUCACCAGGAUGAAGGAGGUAGCGUUUGAGAAGAGCGCCUCGGAGCCGAUGGGGGUCACGCUGAAACUGAACGACAAACAGCGCUGCACGGUGGCCAGGAUAUUACACGGAGGGAUGAUCCACAGACACGGUUCCAUACACGAAGGAGAUGAAAUAGCCGAAAUUAACGGGAAAAGUGUGUCAGAUCAUAGUGUCGAUCAGCUCCAAAAGAUUCUGAGAGAAACCACCGGAGUUGUCACCAUGAAGAUCAUCCCUAAGAUGCAGAAUCGCUCUCGAGUCUGCGAGACGUACAUGAGGGCUCAGUUUGAUUAUGACCCCACCAAAGAUGAGCUCAUCCCGUGCAAAGAGGCCGGCCUGAAGUUUCAAACCGGUGACAUCAUCCACAUCAUCAACAAGCAGGAUCCCAACUGGUGGCAGGGCCGAGUGGAGAGCAGCGCUGUUGACUUCGCCGGGCUCAUCCCCUCCCCAGAGCUCCAAGAAUGGAGGGUGGCCAGUAAAAGCAAGGCCAAGGAGGGCACUCAGUCCUGCAGCCCGUUUGGAAAGAAAAAGAAAUGCAAAGACAAAUAUCUGGCUAAACACAGCUCCAUUUUUGACCAGCUGGAUGUGAUUUCCUAUGAAGAAGUUGUGACACUUCCUGCUUUUAAGAGGAAAACUCUGGUGCUUAUCGGUGCACCUGGUGUUGGAAGGAGCCACAUCAAAAAUGCCCUGCUGACAAAAUACCCCGAGAAAUUUUCCUACCCUGCACCUCACACAACCCGACCCCAACGGAAGGACGAGGAGAACGGACAGGAGUAUUUUUUCAUCACAAACGAAGACAUGACCAAGUCCAUCUCUAAAAACGAGCUGCUGGAGUAUGGCAGCUUCCAGGGAUACAUGUUUGGUACCAAGUUUGAGACCAUCCAGAAGAUCCACGAUCAGGGCAAAGUUGCCGUUCUGGACGUAGAACCACAGAUCUUGAAACUGGUGCGGACAGCUGACUUCGCUCCUCUGGUGGUCUUCAUCGCUCCCACCAACAACGCUCCACAGACCGAAAACCUUCAGACGAUCCAGAAAGAGUCCGACGCCAUCCUGAGCACCUACAGACACUUUUUCGAUGUGGUCCUYGUCAACAACGACGUGGACGAGAGCGUCAAAGGGGUGGAGGAGGCCAUGGAGCACGCCAUCUCCACCCCCCAGUGGGUGCCGGUCUCAUGGGUCUACUGAAGGACCCCCACCUCUGCACCCCCGUUGAUCCUUUACUGUUUGUUGAAAAGCAGUGCAAUACCACUCCUCACACCAAACCUCCAGUGUUAGCGAUGUCCUGGGUGUUUUCUAUUGGAAUGCAUUGUUGUCACAGAGAUUAUUUUGCACUAAUGCAGUAAAAAUAAGCAAUAUGUUGAUCUCAGAAGCUCACCAGGGAUGUUUCAUCUGGUUGUUUUAGACAUUUGUGCUUUGUGAUUUAGAGGUGGGUGGCAUGCCUUUUGAGAUUGAUGCAAAACAGGACCACGACUGUGAAUGAAAUUACCAAACUGUGUCCCGUGAAGACGACGAUGAUUCGUUUUCUGUCACCACUCCUCGUUAGAUCCCRAGAUUCUUUGCUCGUCCUGCCUGUGUAACGUCUUACAACAUCCUCCACAAAACCCUUCAGCCAACCACUGACAACCUCGCCCAUUUUUACACUGGAUUAGAUCAAAAUUGUAUACCUCAUGGGGUACUGUAAAGGCACUUUUCAACAWCAACAAAACAAUAAAACCAAUAAAAAGGCAUAGCUCUGUUGCAA